GGGUGUCCCCCCAAAACGGUUCCCCCUCCCACGUCAUUUCGGGGGGUGACCAUCCUUGGGGACGUCCGUGGGUCACCCUGGGGGGUCGUGUGUGUCCCCCGUGUCUGUGUCACCUCCUGUCCCCCCUGAUGUCCCUGUGUCCCCCCUCAAUGUCCCUGUCCCCCCCCAAUGUCCCUGUGUCCCCCCCCAAUGUCCCUGUGUCCCCUCCAUCUCCUCCCCGUCCCACCUCCAUCAUCUCUUGUGUGUCCCCCCAGGUGUCCCCGUCCCCCUCUGUCACCUCCCUGACCCCCCUUGAUGUCCCCGUGCCACUUUGGGGUCUCCAUCCCCCUCCCUCACCUCCACGUCCCCCCUCCGUCACCUCUGUGUCCCCCCCGGAUGUCCCCGUGCCACCUCAGGGUCUCCAUCUCCCCCGGGUGUCCCUGUCCCUGCUCCAUCACCUCCCUGUUCCCCCUUUGUCACCUCCCUGUCCCCCUUUGGUGUCCAUGUCCCACCUCCAUCAUCUCUUACGUUCUCCUUGGGUGUCCCUGUCCCCCUCCGUCACCUCUGUGUCCCCCCUUGAUGUCCCCGUGCCACCUCGGGGUCUCUGCCCCCCCCCUGUUGUCUCCAUCCCCCUCCAUCACCUCCCCGUCCCACCUUGGUGUCCCUGUGCCACCCUAAGGUCUCCAUCCCCCUCCAUCACUUCCGUGUCACCUCCUUGUCCCCCCCAGGUGUCCCUGUCCCCCCCUUUGUCACCUCCUUGUUCCCCCCAGUUGUCUCCACCCUCCUCCAUCUCCUCCCCGUCCCACCUCCAUCAUCUCUUACGCCCCCCUGGCUGUCCCCGUCCCCCCCAGGUGUCCCCAUGCCACCUCCAUCAUCUCUUACGUCCUCCUUGGGUGUCCGUGUCCCCCUCUGUCACCUCCCUGUCCCCCCCGGUUGUCUCCACCCUCCUCCACCUCCUCCCCGUCCCACCUCCAUCAUCUCUUACGUCCCACCGGCUGUCCUUGUCCCCCCCCCCCCCCGUGUCCCCUCCCUGUCCCCCCCCAUGUCCCCUCCCUGUCCCCCCCUGACAUCCCCAUGCCACCUUGGGGUCUCCAUCCCCCCUGGUUGUCUCCAUCCCCCUCCAUCUCUUCCCCAUCCCACCUCCAUCAUCUCUUACAUCCCCCCGUCUGUCCCCGUCCCCUCCCCGUCCCCCUUCUCG